AUGGGAGAAGUUAGUAUGCUUACCAGUGGAUUUGGCCACGAGCCUGUGAGUCUCGGGAAGCGUCGCUAUGUUCCCGACGUCUUUCCCGAGCUCAACGCUGUUGUGAAUCCGACCUUCAAAAGGUUCACUGAGGAGCACCGCCAGCGUCAUGCAUCGGAGACGAACAUCUUCUCCAUCCACGACGCACCGAGCAUAAACCUUGAGCCGGCCACUCGUAUCUGUGUGAAGGAGAGGCGUGCUAGGCGGAACUUGUGUCAGCUCAAUAACUCUACGCCGGUACGCAUCACAAGAAUCAAGUGCGAUGAUCACGUUGAGUCUCUGGAUACCCACACCGUUACCUACGGCCAUCCACGCAAAACGUACUUACACAGCCACCUGAAGCCGUACAACAGCAAUAGAUCACACCUUUACUCACGGAUAAAGGCUCUAUCCGUUACUUCUGAGAAGCCGGCGGCUGAAUAUAUGCCGUCGCCUACCAGAGAGGAAUUUGUGGCCGCUGACGAGGACGACUUUUACGGGCUCACUCAGCAGGAGGAGGCAUUCAUCGACAACGUGUGCGACCGGCUCGAUGCUCGUCGCCGGGCGGCCGCAAUGGAGGUCGAAGCUGUCUCGUAUCCUUUCUCGGCUCCUGCUCCGAUGCACGCGGAAGUCUUACUUGAGGACACCGAGGUCUUGGAUUACCGUCACAACAUGUCACCAGUGGCCGAUAGUGCUUCCGGAAACACGCUUAUCGAUGGAAACGAUGACUCCGAGACACGGCUUGAACCUGCUCUGCAUGGGAUAUUCCACAAAGCAUCCGACGAAUUCCGUGACUCUGCGCCGUGGUUGAAUUUUGAAUGGAAUGCACCACAAGCUCCGAUUUCCCCAUUCUCUACCAACGCUAUCUCCUAUGAAGAUUACGUGAAUGACGGCGUGCAACCAUCUGCACUUCUCCCGAGCAUGAUCGAGGACUUUUACUAUGACGCACCUCUUUCAGUUCCCCUGAUGUUUGGCCAGGAAACAUUUGCGCACACUCCUUCUCCGCACGGUCAUACGUUCGGCGUCUUAGUGGAUCCUCAGACCUUGGCCUUGCUGGAAGGCUGUGAAGACAACGCACUCUACGCCGCCCCGCAGCUUCCACUGGACAUGUUCGAUGAUAACGCCGGUUCCAUCAUGGAUAGCGGUGACACUGCUUCUCAUAUUCCGAGCAUAGACGUACCACGGCUCUCCCUCCUCCCCACAGUCGACGAUGCCAAGGCUAUGUUUGAGGCCGUGAAUCCUCCCGAUAGCUCAGUGGCUACUCCUGCGGAAGUUGACGCCUUCCUGGCCACGGUUCCGGUCCCUAGCCAGGAAAUCCCUUCCACAGAACCGGCGGCCCACGCAGUUGAGAGGGAAGAUGGCGAGCCCGACACUGAAGCAGACGAUGAGCACAAUGAGCGCGACGUCCACCAGGCUCGGAUGUUCCCCGUUGUUAUAGAGGCAGAGGCCGUCAUCAAGGGUGAAACGCAGAACACCGAUGUUGAGGUGGACGAGGAGUUUGUGGUUGACGAUAGCCCUGCCAACGGUCAGGCACCCAAACAAGGUGUGGAUGACACAAAGUCGAAUGAUCCUGAGCCGCACACACUCCAAGCGCUCGGGACUGUAACAACUUCCUCGGACCUGGAGAAGGAUGACGUUGAUAUAGCCGCCGCCUUCGACUUACUCCGCCUGGAUGCACCAUCGUUAUUGCCUUCCAUCCCCGUCCUCAAUGUUGUGCCCACUCUCACUUCCGCCGAGAUCAUUCGUGGCGUACCGAGUGUAGAGGUGUUGGAGACAGGCCGGUCUAGGGAGUCCUCCGGUCCAGCAAGAACAAAGCAUAGCUCUCACCGCGUGAACCCCCUUUCCCGCAGAGAAGUCGGACUUACGGAGUGGAGAGACACAACCGACCAGGGCCACACCUCGCUGACGAGUCGCAGAGAACUCCAGAAGCGCAUAAAGGCCAAUGAAAAAAAGGCCAAAGAAAAAGAGGCCAAAGAAAGGAAGGUUAGAGAAAAAGAGGCCAAAGAAAGGGAGGCCAAAGAACAGGACGCAGAAGAAACGAAGAAUGAAGAUACAGAGAACAAGACAGGAAUUAAGUGGACAUUCAACCCUUUUGGUAGAACCUUGAAGGACAUGCUCAAGGUUUCGCCGCCAGAGCCCGACAGCGCUAAUGACCUUGUUAACUCCUUGAUCAGAGUCAGACUCGCCUCCCCCGGGGAUAUGGGUGACCCAGCCUCGGCAUCCAGCGGAAUCUCUACACCUUCGUCGGGUUGA